AUUUCACAAACAUUUGACAAAACACUGGAUUCAGUGAUCAAUUGAAGCCAAUUGUCUGCAAAUGUCAACAAAUUUCUGAGACAAUCACCACUCGUGGCCACAAUUAUACAGACGUUUGUGUCCAUUGUUAUUGAAAUUCAAUUGAUUGUUAAUUUGGGUUCACUUUCGCAGACAAUCUGUUCGCACAUUGAGGUGACUGUCAUUAUCUUCGGCCGCACGCCAUGUCUUUGUCGGCCAAUCGUAUGCGUCGACCGAACGCCGGCUCAAAGAUGUCUCAACUGUUGGACACCGAAGAAGUUGUCGAUCACUUCUAUGACAGCAUUUACGGCGGCUUUCAAGAGGACGACAACGACAUCGACUACACCAGUGAUGAGAGCAGUGACAGCGAAGACAUGAUUGACUCCGACUUCUCGAUCGAUGAAAACGACGAUCCGAUUAGUGAUGAUCCAAAUGAGGAGCAAAUGAAGCCAAAGACUAAACAGAAGUUUGGAGACAACCGACGAAAGCCAAUGAAAGCGAAGACCAAAAGUGAGUCGAUAGCCAAAGAAGUGAAGGUUCCGCUCGUUGUCGACAUCCCUGUCAUCGGAACCAUAUUCUCGAGCAAACGCUUGAGAAGUACUAAAAGCGAUGAUUUGGUCGAAAAGAUAUUUGAGAGUCGAUUGAAUGGCAGUCAGAAAAAGCCAUCAAAAGAAAUGAAACGCAAAACUAAUGGCAAGAGUUGUGGCAAAGAGUGGACACAAUCAGAGCUGUUGAAAGAGGCGAAGAUAACCGAGAAAUUGAAUUUACAGUCACUUAAAGAGUACGAAAGACUUGAAUCCCAGAAGAAUAAGACCAAAAGAGUGAAGCAUUCAAUUGAUGGUCCGUUCAUUCGAUUCAAUUCGGUUUCAAUGCCUUUAAUCGAGGAAUUGGAUGAACAGAGCGGUGAAGGCAAUGGUGCGGAAGUCGAGAGCCAUAAAUCUGGUGCCAAAAGCUAUUCGCGAACAUUCAUUACAUUCAGUGACGAACAGACUUUCGACUCAUGGCUUAACUCAUUGUCCAACAACUCAUCCAUGAAAAGCAUUAGCGGAAUGGUAUGUCCGGUCACUCAACUGCCGGCCCGCUAUUUCGACCCAAUCAGUGAACUCCCGUUUGCCAACUCAGAAGCGUUUCAAGCAAUUCGUACUCAAUAUUACAAACAGUUAGAGAUUUAUGGAAACGUUAAUCAAUCGGAUGUUAAACAAUGGAUUGAUUGGAAGCAAGAGAACGGCGACAAAUGGAUGCAAUGGCAGCAACAGUACAACACAUACGAUACGGUUCCACAAACGGCUCAGGAAUGCGAAUCUCAUUGCAAUCAAAGCGAAGCUCCCGUUCCAAAGGUGGGACUCAUUCCUAAGGCCAGUCACUCGAGACGUAAGCGUAAGAAAUGAUCACUUUUUGCCAAACUCUCAGCCAUUCGAUGCCUUAAACCAAUUGCUUGUGAUAUUGCGCUCAAAUCUACCCUAUUUUAAGUCAAAUUCAAUAAUCGAUGCA